AUGAUGGGACUUGGACGUCUGCUGGCCGUCACGGCCUGCGUUGCACAGCUAGCCUCUGCUGUAGCGCCCCUGUCUGUCAGGAAUCUUCGCUUGUUGUCGGAGAGCGAUCUUGCGCUGGAGCCAGAGGGUGAUUUCACCAUUCAGGCCAGCACCGACCCCACGCUGCUUUACCCAGCCCGGACCAUCGAGGUGCCCGUUGACCACUUCCACAAUGACACCAAGUACGAGCCGCAUACUAACGACACCUUCGACCUUCGCUACUGGUUUGAUGCGACCUACUACAAAAAGGGAGGUCCCGUCAUUGUCCUCGCUGCUGGUGAGACGAGCGGUGUCGGCCGUCUCCAGUUCCUCCAGAAGGGCAUCGUGUACCAGCUCGCCAAGGCGACUGGUGGUGUCGGCGUCAUCCUUGAGCAUCGCUACUACGGAAAGAGUCUGCCUACUUCCGACUUCAGCACGAAGAACCUCCGCUUCCUCACCACCGACCAAGCGCUGGCCGAUACCGUCUACUUUGCUAAGAACGUCAAGUUCGCGGGUCUUGAGCACCUGGAUCUGACUGCGCCUAACACUCCCUAUAUUGCCUAUGGAGGUUCCUAUGCUGGUGCCUUCGUUGCCUUCUUGCGCAAGCUGUACCCUGAUGUUUACUGGGGCGCCAUCUCCUCAUCCGGCGUCACUGAGGCAAUCUAUGACUACUGGCAAUACUACGAGGCCGCCCGCAUCUACGCCCCCAAGGAUUGCGUGACUGCUACCCAAAAGCUCACCCACGUUGUUGACAACAUCAUCCUCAACAAGGCCAACGCCAAAUACGUGCAGAAGCUCAAGGACACAUUCGGUUUCGGCAACCUCACCCACACCGAUGACUUUGCCAACAUCAUCAGCUACGGUAUCGCGGGAUUGCAAUCGACCAACUGGGAUCCCGUGUUGAACGACACCUCAUACGGCGAGUACUGCAACAAUGUUAGCUCGAAUGCGCUGCUGUACCCCGAGGCUGCUCGCCUCAAAAAGGACGUCCAGAAGCUCCUAACUGUUGGCGGAUACGGCAAGGAGGUCAAGACGCUCACCAACCAGUUUUUGAACUACAUCGGCUAUGUCAACGUCACCCAAGUCCAGUCCUGUGACGAGGACCAGAAUGCCUGCUUUACUUCCUACGAUACCGAAUUCUACAAGAAGGACGAUCUUAAGCAGACUUGGCGCCUGUGGAUAUACCAGGUUUGCGAUCAAUGGGGCUACCUCCAAACCGGCUCCGGCGUCCCGCGCAACCAGCUCCCGCUGAUCUCCCGCGCUAUUGACCUCAACUACACCUCCAUCGUCUGCCGCGAGGCUUUCAACAUCUACAAGCCCUCGGACGUCGAAUCUAUCAACAAGUACGGCGGCUUCGGCAUCAGCUACCCGCGCCUGGCCAUCAUCGACGGCGAGAAGGACCCCUGGCGCGCCGCCACCCCGCACGCCAUCGGUCUGAAGAACCGCAAGAGCACCAUCAGCGAGCCCUUCAUCCUGAUCAAGGACGGCGUGCAUCACUGGGACGAGAACGGCGUGUUCCCCAACGAGACCCGCCACGACUUUCCCCCUAAGCCGGUGGAGGAGGCGCAAAGGGCCAUCAAGAACUUUGUCCAGGCUUGGCUCCAGGAUUUUAAGGAAAAGAGCGGGCAUGGUGGUGGACAUGGGCAUGGAAGUUCCGGCGUCUAUGAUGAACAGCGGGUUCUGGGUGAUUUGUGA